UACCGGUUCUCAUUCUACGCCGCGACAGGGAACGCAUGCUAUCAGCUCAUCCAUCUCAGCCCCAGACCAGAGCGCAGCACAGCUAUCACAGCAAGCAUAGCUCCUGAUCCCUACACCCAUAACUACCUCCCCCACAAUUACAAUCAGUCCAAAUCCACGAUCAUGGCGAAACACAACGACGGCCUCGACGAUCUCUUCGCCGGAUUGCCCGAGCCCACCGCUUCCCCGAGCACAACCAGUGCCCCACCAGCAGCCGAUGACCCCAUCGCCGAACUCGACGAACUCGAAUCGCUCGCUGAGCGUCCCAAGCCACGCUCAGAAACUCCUCGUUCCGCCCCGAAGCGGAGUAUUGAACGAUCUCGUACCCCGGGAACUGGAUAUGGCCUGCCCGUGAGUGCACGGAAUUCGUCAGAGAUUAAGAGAGCAACUACGCCCGUGCCGGCACCGUCGCCGCAGAAGAAGGUGGAGCGGGAGAGUGCGCCGCCACAGUCGGUGGGCAGUAGCUCUACGAGUGGCGAGGGAAGUAGUAGUGUAGCGGCCGGUGGGGGUGGUGGUGGCUGGGGAUGGGGAAGUCUCUGGAAUACGGCUACUACUGCUGUUAAAGCAGCGGAGGGUCUGGUACAGGAGAUCCAGCAGAGCGAGGAGGGAAAGAAAUGGGUUGCACAAGUUGGGGGAAGUGCGGAUGUCCUGCGGGGUCUUGCCGGUGACGUUCGCUCCAAAGCUAUACCCACGUUCGCGAACCUCCUCAAUCACCUUGCACCGCCAAUCUCAAGUCACGAGCAGCUGAGGAUUCAUAUAACACAUGAUUUGCAGAACUACCCGUUUGUGGAUACCGUCGUGUUUGGCGUCUUCGAUAGGGUUAUGCAGCAGGUGGAGGGAGGGGACCUACUGGUCGUUCAGCGUGGGGGCGGAUCAAAGCCAAGAUCCUCUACCGAUAGUGGACCUUUCGGUGGAGGCCCGUGGUGGAAGGCUAUGGAAAAGCGAGAAUUAAACGCCACCGUCGGCCUCCAAGAAGGUAUCAAGCUUGCCCGCGUGGCUGCUGAAUCCUACGCCGCAGACCACGCCAAAGCCGCAGCCGCGCAGACCAUCACCGCCGACAACCCUACACGCAAGUCCAACAUCUUUCUCGCGAUCCAACCGACGAUCCACUCCGCUGACGACCUGAUCUCGUCGAUCACCGGCGAGGAGUCUACCGACGAGGAGAUGGUGGUCUCUUUCGCUAUUCACCUCCAUGACCCUGAGCACAGCAUCUCCUUCUCGACGCUGUCACAGGCAUUGCCGUUGCAGUGGCUUAUUUGGCUGGAUGCUCCCCCGCCAGCUGGUACCCGCCCUGGCGAGUGGGCGCUUCCCGAGGCUAUUCAGGACAUUAUGGAUGCGGGAGGUGUUGAUCCCCGAGAGUGGGUGGUGGAGUGGGUCGAGGAGGCAGUUGGGUUGUCGGUGGGCGUGGUAGCCCAGAAGUACGUCGCCAAGCGGAUGCGAGUUGGAGAGGCUGGACAGGUUGCGGAUGCCAUGAGGACUGCUGCGAGGGAACAGGCGGGUGGAGAGGAGGCGAGGGCCGUGGGUAUGUGAUGAGAUGCGUUUUGGAUAUGUACUCGACCGUGGACAGUGCUAUUUGCGACACCGCCAUGUUUCCGACUUCUUUCUCUCUGUACCUGCUUUCCUGCCGAUGUAAAUCUUGCGAUUCUGUACGUACGAAUUGGUCCUCUGCGAUGUAGAUGAAUACCGCCGA